CACAAUGUAGUCGUCAGUAGCUCGAACUAACUUACGACAGCUGACGAGAAAUGAUGCAUAAUAUUUGUGUUUCCACAAAAAACAGGAAGAUUUCCUACGACAUUUCUAUACAUGAGUUUAGGAAUUAAUGCAGAUGAUUUAAAACAAAAUCAGAGUUUGGAUUUAGCAGUUGAGUGAAAAAACAAGUCGCCAUGGUACACAAACGAGUGACAACCUACCGGAGACCGAGGCACAAAAUGCCGGCGGGAACAAAGUCGGUGCAUUUCAAGGGCUUCAUGACGGAGUCAGAGCCCAGGGUUCCGAAAUAUCAACACAGACAGCCAGUCAGACCAGAAAAAGCAGAUGAAAUGUAUCCAGAAAAAUGGCCAAACUACACGCAUAACGAUGUGGAAACAAGGAUCACCAAUGUGUUGGAACCACUGUCACUCUUCGCUCCGUACCCCCACGAGGACCACAGAGAACCUCCAGUUGCUGAUGAUAGAAGCCAUAAAUCACUGGAGCUUGAGAGACCAGUCACUCCCAUUGAUGAGGAAGUCAAGACUCAGCCCAGAGAUUUUGACAGACUCGCCAACUAUGUGAGGCGUCGGAUUGCUGCCAAGCCAGAUGUACCAUAUCUGUCAAUGGAUGAUCAAAGGAAUCUGGCUGGAAUUUUAAUCGGAGAAGUAACGCUGAUCUGGCCUGAAAUCAUGAAGCAGAUUGAUGACCCCUUCCUGUCUCCCUUGGAAAAUAAAGAACUCAAUCGCCGAAUAGCUGUACAUAUAGUUACUGUGUGUGAGAAACUGUUCAAUCACUACUUAAAAAAGGCACAAGUGUUGAAUGAACGGGGGAUAUUCAGCGGGCCGGCCAACAUGAGUCGACUGAAAGCACAGCUGGCUUUGGAUGCUAAUAAAUUUUUAAACAUCUUGACAAUUCGACGGUACAUUGUCGCUGAUAUCCGAGGGAAGGAAGACUCCGACGGAGAUGACACAGAUACGUUCACGGCCAAGUUUUCCGGGAAACAAGAAAUAAGCCACCCACCUCUGUCAUUCCAGGGAAUGAUCCAGAGUAGCCGGCCAAAGUCUAAGACGAAGAAGUACCGGUACAAGACUGCUGAGCAGGAAGCAAAGGAGAUCUCGGCAGCAAUGCCUGCACUGGACACUAACAAGCUGAUGGGACUGGUGGCUGACAUGCCAGAUAGGGAUCUUCAGACUCCUUCACAAGAAUCUGACGGUUUCAUGUCUAGAGCAGCAGGCAAACAGCACAUGACUUCAGAACUUUCACUGGAGGCACGAUCAGUUCAAAAAAUAUUACUCAAGAGGUCAAGGUCAAUGCCCCAGCUACAGAUUGGUGAGGAUAUCCUAGAGGAGUUGGGAAUAGAUGCCAAGUCGGUCCGCCGUGAUGAGCUGGAGGAGGUGGAGAUAGCCAUGCUAAAGAGAAACAACGAGGCUCUCGACAGGAAAGCAAAACAUCCUUUGGAAGAGAAGGGACCCCAGCCUGGGACACGGGAGUAUGCCCAGAAUGACCUCAAACAGUUAAUGUCACGGCCUCAGGACAGACACGUCGGCAAAAUAGAUGAGGAUCUCCCUCCUCUGUUACAGGCUCUGACUAGAAGUGCCAAACACGACGGAACGAAAGAGAAAGUACUGCAAAAGAUAAAGGAACUUGAAGAGAAAGAAAAACGAGAAAUCGAAAAAGAAAAUAUACCACUGCGGGAGCCCACUCACCCUCAGCCUGCCACCGUCAGCGCCAAACUACCGGGGAUGACAGUGAGAGCGUCGGACAUCCGCGUGUCGGAGAGAGUCUGUAUGUCCUCAAUCACCAUUGACAGGUUCUCAACUGUCUUCAACGACCUCAUGGACGAAAUUGACCCCGUCACCGUGAAGAAUCUGGACAAGAAUCUGUUCCUCGGUGAGGAGAUCACAGAGGUGUACAAGGAAAUAAUGAAAACAGUCCCCUCAACACAUCUCAGACUGGACGACGAUGUGUUUGUGGUGCCAGCUGCCGAUUCUGUAAAUCUGUCGGGUACAAUGGCCUCAGCAUCGCUUAACAAACGAAAGGCGGAGCGUGUGAUCAACCCCAAAAUGAGGAGUGAAAAACAGCCACCGUGGGGAGCCGACGAUCCCAAAACCUGGGUCAAGACUCCGAACAAUCCACCUAAGAAUUUCCUUGGAGAAGAUAUCUUCCAACCAACAGAAAUACUUGUCCCGGGCUUGCUGCAGAUUGCCGCCACUCCCAGUAACAGUCCCUCCCCCUCGGGCAGUAGCUCCACCCCUUCCUUGGAUCAAAUGUCCGUCCUUAGACUCCCCUUCAUGGAGCUCCUUCAGUACGAAAUCAUCUAUCCCAUGCAUGUAAGCCCUAGCGGUCUUCGUCAAAAAGACGUUCAGCAAGUUCCAAGCCCAAGCAUUGUCAGACUACAGUCUUCCCUCGAAAAGGAGCACACAGAAUUUAACAGGGGCCGUCCUGACUCUAACUCCAAUAGCCGCAAGGACGGCUGUUUCCUUCUGCCACCAAAAAUAGCCGUGCCACUCAGUGUUCCUCGUGUAGUGACGGUUGGUCUAUCAAAUAUAAAGGUCCAGGAAAACGACUAUCUUGGUGCAACAUUUCACUUUUAUGAUUCGGAUGACGAUGAUGAUGAUUACGAGGAGUCUGCAGGUCCGCAGAUAUCGAUGUAUACACAAUCAGUCGGACCAUCGAGUCACAUGCCCCAUGUUGGUGCCCCAAAGAUUCCCAAACCACACUCGAGCAAAGUCUCCGAAAUCAGGAAACGACAAAAGGUUGAAGUAGAACGAGAGAAGAAAUUAAAUGAUCUGAAGGAAGUAAAGAAUAAAUAUGAGGAAGGAAUGUGGAAUUGCAAUACCAUUCUGAUGGGAGGCUUGGGGAAGGAUCCUGGAAUGGUUGAAGAUGAUGACGAUGCUUCGUCCAAGAGGCAGAAAUCAGCAGACACAACCAAGUCGGCCAAGACCUUGCAUGAACGUGCUGCUGCUCGCCAUUCCGCACGCCAACAGGAGAAAACCUCAACCAGAGAAUUCAUACAGUCUCGGCAAUCGCGUCAGUCUAAGGUGACGUCAGUGACAGGCACAAUGAGCAAGAUGGACACAGAUAGGUCAGAAGAGAGUGCCCCCGUUGAAGUGCCCCUGACGCCCCAGGACCGACUAGAGAAGGUUUGGAAGUCCCUAGAAAUGCCCGAUUCUCAUCGACUUGACAUGGCGAUCAAGUACAGCUGUAACGAGUUCUACUCCCGGCUCUUUGAGGUGAUUGACCGGUGGGAGAAAGUGACAGAAUUUAUUUUGAAGAGGGAAGAUUUAUUGGCAAAACUGGAAAAGUUUGAACGUAAUGCUUCUGAUCCUAACAGGUUCUUUGAGAAAGGCAACAAGGGAAGUUCAGUAAAAAGACUACAGGAGGCAAAACAGCGAAGUUUUUACUAUAAGAGAAUCGACUAUUAUGACCGGGAGAUUAAAAUUGAAAUAGACUACAUGAUGCAACAAUUUCAAGAUAUCAUCACAUACAAGGGUCGGUCGUACGAGGAGAAGAUGAAAUGGGACCGGAUUGAAAUGCUGUACUGGCUACAGGAGGAACGCAAACAGAACGCUCUCAAGUACGAGGCCAUGAUGAAACAAUCCGUGCCUAUGAAGAUCAAAUCUGCUCACCUUGACCCAAUUACACCACCCAGUACAGCAAAAGUGAAAUAGACGUUGUGUAAAUUACACAAGUGUCAAUUAUUUGUUAUUGAUUUUGUGGAGGGGGGGGGGGGG